AAAAAAUUUAGCUUAUCAUAUAAUAGAAUUUUUUGCUUAAAAUUAAAAUCCGCGCUGGCAGCCCUGGCAGUAUAAAGAUAAAAAUGAUGAUGUAUGAAGAUAGUGGUGAGGAUGUUGCACCCGCAAAUACGCUCGAGCAUUUCACGGAAGUUGACCAGGUGCUUGAGAUGAUUAAUACGAUGAAGUCAACUGUUGAGGUCGGUUUUGAGAAGGAAUUCGAGAAGUUUAACAAUGUCCUUUCGCGCUAUCAAGAACAGCCACAUCUAAUAGACCCGCAUUUAGAAGAGAUGUUAAAGUUGCUAUUGGGCAAAAUUCAAUGUUCUGGUGCGUCCACUCCCGUCAUCAAUGCCGCUUUUAAGUACAUGUACAUAAUAUGCAAAGUUCGUACAUACAAAGUGCUGGUAAAGUUUCUGCCGCAUGAGCUCAGUGAUUUGGAAUUUGCACUUAAUUUGCUUGAGCAGCAAGAUCCCACUGAAUUCGAAAACUGGGAGACACGUUAUAUGUUGCUGCUUUGGAUGUCCAUUUUAGUGUUAAAUCCGUUUCAUAUGUCUCGUUUAGAUGAUUUCGAUACGAACGUGCCAUCAGUCAAUGCCGCCAUUAAUCCUGCUGAACCCAAUUUAUUGAACUCAGUCCAACAAAAGUCCAAAAUGGAACGCAUUUACGACUUAUGCAAACUCUACUCUGCCUCGCACGACACAUGCAGUAGCGUGUGUGCUUAUCUUGCUGCUAAGUUUUUGGUCCGUGCUGAUAUAAAGGAAUUGUAUUUGGAGAGUUUUUUAGAUUGGGUAAUUUCUGAGAAUAAGACUGAAACAGUUGAAGUUAAGUAUGGUCAGUUGUCAGCAGUUGCAGCAAUAUUGAAACAUGGUAAACGGGAGGAUCUAUUGCCUUAUGCUGACAAGUUACUCCAUUGGCUAAUAUUGUGCGAUUACAAGAGCAGUUCUAAUUUCCUUAAAUAUAAAAAUUACAUGAAAAUUAUGCAACGCAUUGGUCUGGUGUAUUUGAAACCGCGAGUCGCGUCUUGGCGUUACAACAGAGGUACACGUUUGCUAGUAUCGAAUUUGAACUCAUCCUCGAAGACAACUGAUGAAGAUCAUGAACAUGUAUCUCAAAAUCAAUGCCUUGAUAUGGAUGAUGAUGUUUAUGUGCCGGAAAGUGUUGAAGAAGUCAUUGAAGAGCUUUUACAAGGUUUGCGUAGCAGUAGCAGUGCUGUGCGUUGGAAUGCUGCUAAAGGCAUUGGUCGUGUUACAAAUCGUCUUACGAAGGGUAUGGCUGAUGAAGUUAUCGGUUCAGUAAUCGACAUACUAAAUCCCUUAGAACCUCAUGAAGCUUGGCAUGGCGCUUGUUUGGCUUUAGCAGAAUUGGCUAAACGUGGCCUGCUACUACCUUACCGUUUAACAGAAUUGGUACCCUUACUUAUGCAAGCCUUGUUUUAUGAUGAGGUAAAAGGCUAUAUGUCAAUGGGGCAGCAUAUACGUGACUCGGCCUGUUAUAUGUGUUGGGCAUUUGCACGUGCUUAUAAUCCAGAAGAUUUGGCACCUUUUGUACAGCAAAUCUCAUCUGGUUUAUUGACAGUAGCUGCAUUCGAUCGUGAAGUGAAUUGUAGACGUGCUGCGUCAGCUGCAUUUCAAGAGAGCGUAGGACGUUUGGGAAAUUUUCCGCACGGCAUAGAAAUCUCUACUUGUACCGAUUUUUUUUCGGUAGGCUUGCGUCACAACACUUAUCUCUCCGUAAGCUUUUUAAUUGCAAAGUAUGAAGAAUAUCGCAAGCCUUUAAUCGAUCAUUUAGUGGAACGCAAAGUUAACCAUUGGGAUACAGCCAUACGUGAACUCACGGCCGAAGCGCUACACUCAUUAACGUUUCUUGCGCCAGAAUAUGUAGCCGCGGAAAUAUUACCAAAACUUUUCAAACUAGCCGAUUCGACUGAUAUUAAUGCGCGCCAUGGUUCAAUAUUGGCCAUUGGUGAAGUAACGACAACAUUAAGGGAGCUGGAAAAGAGUAAAAAUAACCCCAAAACUCUAAUAACUGAUGAGACACGCAUUUAUUUAAACCAGUUAUUAGAAAAGUUUUUGUUACGCGAUUCCUUCAGAGGAAUGAGUGGUGAAAUCAUGAAGCAAUGUUGCACGGAUUUCAUAAGAAACUGUAGCGCAGCUAAUUUGACUAUUACGAAGACUUGCUUAGUUAGUUGGCAGACAGUUAUUGAUAUGUGCUUGAUAAAUAAGUCUGCUACUAUACGUGACUCCGCUAAAAGAGCAUUUGCUAAAUUUACUUUAGCGUACUACACAUUGAAGGAGUACGAAAAGAUUAAUACGGAUACAAUUCAUGCCUAUAUAGAUCUAGCCAACGAACAAGUAGAAGAGUCUAGACGUAUGGGGUAUUUGGGUGCACUUGGGGUUUUGCCUGCUUAUAUGGUAUUUAACGAGGUAGACCUGUUGCUGGAUUGUUUAAUAAAAAAUGCAUUACCGCCACCUGGUGUAAUACCUUCUUGGGAUAUAACAGCGCAAGCUUGUACGAUUCCUACUGCCAUGUGGAGCGAGGCACGUCGAGAAAGUAUAAAAGCGCUUAGUAACUUAGUAAAAACUAUCGGUUUUGUUGAUGACAUGAAAAAAUGCAUGAUACCUUCAUUCGGGCACCAGGAUAGAUUUGAUAAAGUGAUGGAUUGCUUUCUAAAAGCUAUGAACGAAUAUACUUUAGACAAUCGUGGCGACAUUGGCGCUUGGGUAAGGGAAUCAGCUAUGACUGCAAUGUAUGAGCUUAUAACUUCAUGCCCCAGGCAUCUACUUCAAGCUAAGCAUAUGCAUGAAAUUAUGGUCAGCUUAGCUCAGCAAGCUGUUGAAAAAAUCGAUCGUACACGCGGCAUAGCUGGACGUAUUUUUUGUGAUAUUAUUACUACAAAGCCAGAGUUACCUUACAUACUGAAUCACCAACGCAUCAAGGAGUUGUUGCCUGAAGAUUUAAGUAAGGUUUUAUGGCUCUUUGCUGAUCAAACAUUCCCAAUAUUUUGUUCGUUUUUGGAAUUGCCAAGCUAUUCCAAACGCAUACUACUUGGUGUCUGUGCUAGUAUUGGACAAUUGACUGAAUCUUUAAUAAAAUAUUCAUCGAAUGCCUUAUUUCAAUACCUGCGUUCACAUCCUGAGGACGUUACACGGCUUUGUAAAGAAAUUGUAGAAAACUUUGAGGAAAAUUUACUGAAUGAGCGUGUAACAUAUCCUUUGCUAAGUUUCCUAGACAUAUUAAUUAGAUCUGGUACAAUUAAUUCAGUAUUUCUUGAUGAGACAUCAACAUUUGCCGAAGACAUUUAUCGUUUGGUAAGUGUAGAAAUCAAAGGUCACAAGAAAUUAUAUAAGUUCAUAGCUGGCGUAUGUGUUUAUUGCCAACUACUACAAGUUCGUUCCAUGACUAAGAAAAUACUUUCCAAAUUGUCGCUCAUUCUGGGUCUGACGCAUGUCCACAUACGCAAGACUACGGCUACGAAAUUAUAUGAAGCCUUGGCAUUAUAUGGUGAAAAUUGUGAAAUAUCUGAAGAGAGUUUAGACGAAGUUCUAACACUUUUAUCAGAAACGGAUUGGGGACUUCCAUUGGUUGAGGUUCGACCCAUACGUAACGAAAUAUGCGUAUUGCUGAAUAUCAAGCCGCCAACGCCGGGUCCAACAAAGCCAGUUGCCAGCAUAAACCAUCAAGCAAAUCAAGCAAAUUAAAAUUAGAUUUACAUAAAACUAAAAAUUAGAAUUAAACACACUUAUAAAAUUGUCGGUAUUAACUCCAUGUAAAAACAUCUGUGGUUUAUUGUUUAAACACAAUUUGUUUUUUCAUUUAACAAUUGUUACAAAAAUUUAUAUAAGAAUAACUGACAUAUAAUAAAGAACUAAAAUAGAAUGUUGUGUGUGUCCUGCAUUUAAGAUGUACCUAUAAUACUUUCGACACAUUUCCGUCUGUCUAUAGUAGUGCUGGUUCAUAGCACUUGCACUGCUUUCUUGAUAGUUGGUACAUAACUGAAAUCAAAUUUCAUUAUUAAAACUCUAAA